AUGCCCGGAACGAAGACGACGGCUGCCGUGUCGCGCGGCCCGACGCGCUUGCAGCUCAGCCUGCAGCACGCCGCAGCCGAUCGCGAGGGUGGCUCGCCAUCAGUGGGACAGUGGAUCCAGUUCCGGAAUUCGGAGUUGGCCGAGAGCGUGGCGGGGUCGGGCAGUGACUUUGUUAUCAUCGAUUGCGAGCGGAGCCACAUCAACACCCCCGCCGAUCUCUCGCUCGUUGUGGAAGCCGUGGUAGCUGCAGGAUCAUCCCCGAUAGUGCGAGUGCUGGCAAGCCAGCCGAAGCGGAUACGAUGGGCGCAGGAUAGCGGCGCGCAUGGCGUUAUGGUCGCCAUGUGCGAGACGAAGGCGCAAGCGGAAAGGAUUGUGGUCGCUACCGGCUGCCCUUCACCCCGUUUUGUCGUCAUCGUUGAAAUCGACUCACAGAAGGCGGUCGAGAACGUCGAUGGUAUCGCUUCGAUUGCCGGCAUUGAUGCACUAUUCGUCGGAGCGCAUCUCUCCAGCUCCCCCGACUCUGACGCAGUGCUCGCUGCCGCACACAGGCACGCUAAGUUUCCGGGCCACUUUGCGGCAGAUGCAGACACUGCAGUGGCGCUGGUCAGACGCGGCUGGCAGUUUGUGAACUGCGGUGGGGCGGAUCUGCAGGCUAUUGAAGAGUUGGAACGGAUGAGACGGACGCUGGUGGGGAUGAGGGCGUCGCCACCGCCGAUUGAGGGGGAUGAGUACGAGUGGGAUGGGAAGGAUUGGGGUUGA